CGCUGCGGAGCGGAAGUUGAGCGGGAUCCUCUUGCAGGAGACAUGUCUGGGGAUACGGUGGGACUGACCCUGAUGCACGGUAGUUCAAAACACAAGAUUGAAAUUUCAGCGGUACAGGAAGGAUGUGAACCUACAUUACAGGACAUGGCAACUGUUAUUGCUCAAGUUACUGGAGUACCCCAGCAACUGCAGAAACUAAUUUUCAAAGGUAAAUCUCUCAAAGAAAUGGAACAGCCUUUGUCUGUUCUUGGUGUUAAAAAUGGCUGUAAAAUAAUGAUGAUCGGCAAAAAGAACAGUCCUGAAGAGGAAGCUGAAUUAAAGAAGUUAAAGGAACUGGAAAAAUCCACAGACCAGCUCUCCCACAAACUGGAAGAAAUUAAUGCAGAGCUGACAGGCAUUCAGAAUGGGUUCCUUGCCCAAGAUCUUCAAUCAGCCGCAUUAAGCAAAUUAGAGAAGAAAGUGAAGAGCACAUCGGAACAGUGUAUGAAGUUUCUUGAACAGAUUGAUGCUAUGAGUUUGCCUGAUGACUUUAGUGACUGCAGACAUAAGAGAAAAAGUCUUGUGAAGAAUGUACAGAAUUACUUGGCUCAGUGUGAUGUCAUUGAAACAAAUAUCUCACAGCAACUAGAGAAGCUUCAAUCAAAGAACCUCACUCUUGCUGACUGAUUUUACAGAAAAUAACAAAGGAGUAUGAUAGUCAUUUGUACCAAUCAUCUUCAGCAACAACCUAUUGAAAUGACACUAAUGCUGAUGACACCAUCCCCUAAAGAGCUAACUGAAAGGUGAGCUGCAAUCAAAAUUACAGAUCAUUACAGACAGUGUAAUGAAAAGAAGUACACAUGGAGCAUUCUCUUCAAAGAAAGAACACAUGUAUAAAACCACUGAAUGAGACCAACUGAAAACUGUCUAUAUAAUUUUGCUAUGGAAUACAAACCCAUGACUUUUA